CAAGAUCAUGAACAAGAAAGCAUACACUGCAGCUUGGGAGAAGGACAAACUGACAGUCCACAUCAUGCCAGAUGCUCCUGAGAUUCUCCUGGCCAAGGCUAAUGCCCUCACCAUGAGCAACAAACUUUACAAAGCUGGUGUUGUGGAGAUGGCCAAAAAGGGCCACAACCUCAAAGGUGACGCCAUCUCAAUUUUGGCUGCCAAGUCCGGUACCAAUAUUGCCAGCAAUUACAAGUACAAGCUGGCGUACGAGAAGGCCAGAGGCCACCAUGUCGGCUUCCGCAGCAUCCAGGACGACCCCCUGCUGGUUCACUACAUGCAGGUUGCUAAGAUGCAGAGCGACAAGAACUACAAGAAGGACUACCACAAGUCCAAGCUGAAGUAUCACACCCCAGUGGACAUGCUGAGUGUUGUCCAAGCCAAGCAUGCCUCUACUGUUCAGACAAUGGCUGGAUACAAGCAGAUCCACCACAGCAACGCUCUCCUCCCUGAUGCCUUGAACUUUGUGCUGGCUCGCAACAUGAAUGUCCAGUCUAGUGACUGGGAAUAUAAAUCUGAAUGGAAUAACUACAUCAGAGGUGUUGGAUGGGUCCCU